AUGGAUCGUAAGACUCCCUACUUCGAAGAUAUGGAGAAACAAUUGGAACUCGCCCUGAAAAAACGAGAAAAGUCAAAACAGGAUCUAGAGGAAUACAUCGAGGAAAUCAAGAUAUGGUUGAAAAGCCAACCUCAUCUACCAGAAAUGCCAGAUAAAAAGAUAAUCAUGAAUUUCUUGUUCAUGAAUAAAUUCAGUGUCGAAGGAACCAAACAACGUCUGGACAUGUAUUACACUAAACAAACCCUGGUACCAGAAUUCUUCGAAAAUAGCCAUCCUGAAAGCUCUAGAAUGCAAUGUUAUCUUGACACAGCAUAUUACAUUCCACUACCAAAAUCCACUGAGGAUGGUUAUCGAAUAUCUGUAUUCAAGUUGAUUAACGCUGAUCCUGAACAUUUCAACGCAUUAGACUUUUUCGGCAGCACCUAUAACUCGAUUGAAAUCCGGCUCCAUGAGGACCAUUUCGUCGGUGAAAUAGUAAUAUACGAUUUGAAAGAUGCCAGCCUGAGACACAUCAUGAAGUUUACUCCUGUUUCACUCAAGAAAGCUGCAACACUGUUAGAAAAAGUACUGAAUAACUCUGUACAACAACUACACAUCCUCAAUUAUCCCUCAUAUGCAGAAAGUUUAAUCAACCUUGUCAAAAAGCUGCUGAAACCGAAGAUUGCUGAAAGGCUCCAUUUACACCAAGGUAUAGACACGAUUUCUGAAUUUCUACCAUCCAGACUUCUUCCAGAGGACUAUAAUGGACAAGAGCGUAGUUUGAAGGAACUGAACGAGUUAUGGCGGAAGAAACUUUCAGAUUACAGAGAGAGAUUUGAUGCUCUAACUACCUUACGAGUUGACGAGACCAAGAGGCCCACUCCAGUUAUCAAUGACGAAAUACUAGGUUUCCAUGGAAAUUUCAAGAAAUUAUGUGUGGAUUAA